GCACGGCAGCUCCACCUCAAUCCCGCGCUUAUCGUGGCAGAACCCGCCACCGGUCCCCGCCGGAAAAAUCAUAUUCCGCAACCGUAGCACUCAAAAUUGAAUUAAAGAAAAAGCGCGUAUACACACAAUUACGUCUUCUGCAAAGAGUGCAUGUGCUCCGGCGAGUCAACUAUGAACGGCGCUCAGUCGCGAGACGAUGAGUCGAAAGAAGACGACAGGGACGCAGAAGCGAACCGCCUGCUGCACCACCAGCAGCAGAAGCAAUCGACGUCAUCGAAGGAUGACGAAGAGGUGGCGUACGAGGCAGGGGAGAAGAUCCAGGUGGUAGAUUUCGACUCGGUGGACGGCGAUGACGAUUCAGGUGUUCCCCCUCCGUUCUCGUGGAAGAAGCUGUGGCUGUUCACUGGUCCCGGGUUCCUGAUGAGCAUAGCGUUCUUGGAUCCGGGGAAUCUCGAAGGGGAUCUCCAGGCUGGAGCCAUCGCAGGGUACACGCUUCUAUGGCUGCUAAUGUGGGCCACCUUCAUGGGCCUCUUGAUACAGCUUCUCUCGGCGAGGAUUGGGGUGGCCACUGGGCGCCACCUGGCAGAGCUAUGCAGGGAGGAAUAUCCCAAUUGGGCGAGGCUAGUUCUAUGGUUCAUGGCCGAGCUGGCACUCAUUGGGGCUGAUAUUCAAGAGGUCAUUGGCAGUGCCAUCGCUAUCCAAAUUCUGAGCCGCGGGGUUUUCCCACUCUGGCUUGGAGUUUUGAUUACCGCUUCUGAUUGUUUUGUCUUUCUAUUUCUUGAGAACUAUGGAGUGAGGAAGUUGGAAGCUGCUUUUGCAGUUCUCAUUGCUACUAUGGCUCUUUCUUUUGCCUGGAUGUUUGCUGACACGAAACCUAGUGAGAAAGAACUUUUGACGGGUAUUUUGCUUCCAAGACUUAGUUCGAAAACAAUUCGUCAAGCUGUCGGUGUUGUUGGUUGUGUCAUAAUGCCUCACAAUGUAUUCUUGCAUUCUGCUUUAGUGCAGUCAAGGAAGAUAGAUCCCCAGAAGAAAGGCCGGGUACAGGAGGCUCUCAACUACUAUACAAUUGAAUCAACAGUUGCACUUGCAGUCUCCUUCAUGAUCAAUCUAUUUGUCACGACAGUUUUUGCCAAGGGAUUUUAUGGCACAAAGCAGGCCGAUAGCAUCGGAUUGGUGAAUGCAGGGCAGUACCUUGAGGAAAAGUACGGAGGAGGAAUCUUCCCCAUUCUUUAUAUAUGGGGCAUUGGGUUAUUGGCAGCUGGACAGAGUAGCACCAUCACAGGCACAUAUGCUGGCCAAUUCAUAAUGGGUGGUUUCCUCAACCUUCGGUUAAAGAAAUGGUUGAGAGCAUUGAUCACUCGUAGUUUUGCAAUUGUGCCAACUAUAGUCGUAGCUAUUGUUUUUAAUACAUCAGAAGCCUCAUUGGAUGUUUUGAACGAAUGGCUUAAUGUGCUUCAGUCCAUGCAAAUUCCCUUUGCACUGAUUCCCCUCCUGACGUUGGUCUCCAAGGAGCAUAUCAUGGGGACCUUUAGGGUUGGGCCUGUUCUUGAGAGGGUGGCAUGGACUAUUGCUGCACUUAUAAUGGUAAUUAAUGGGUAUCUCUUGUUAGAUUUCUUCCUGUCUGAGGUGAAGGGCCUGCUGCUUGGUUUUGUAGUUUGUUCCUGCACAGCUGCCUAUGUUGCAUUCAUUGCAUAUUUGGUUUCUCAGAGCGGUGCUCUUCCACACACUUGGGUUAAUAGAAUCCCCAAGGGUUUUUCUCUCCUCCAAAUUGAAUCAACAAAUUCAUACGACAUUAAAAAUCCGGAAAAUAGUACUGCAAACUCCAGCUAAUCAUUUUUGCACUAGUAUACUUGCUUCAUACACCAUGGAGGAGGUUUUAUAGAAUAUUUCUAACCUUGCAACCUGCUUUAAAGGGAGCACCAAGGUCAGAAAGUGGAAAGCACUUGUAUUUAGCUGCACUUCUUUUUUGCAAUAUAGUUACAGUGGUUACCCGCCAUGUAUAACAUAAGUUGGAAAUAUUUUUCUGUAAAAUGAAAGGUGUGGAAAAGAAAGAGAGAGAGAGAGGAACACGAUUACAAGUUGCAGGAUAAAUUACUUCCCUCCAUGAACGCCUCAUUCUUUAUUCUAACAUGUUGUAAGCUGCUUCACUAUUCUUUGAUGUAUAGAGUUUGUAUUUAACUUGAACUGUCAGAUGUUACCCCAUGAAUGCAACUUGGAGCUGAUCUUACCAGAUAAAUCAGCAUACACGAGAUGUAUGAGUUAAUCAAUAGUGCAAUAUGGAGUAUAUUUUUGUUGUCUUCCA